UGGGGGCGGAGCCAAGCCCGCGUUCCGCCCACGCCCGGGCGCGAAGCCCCCUCCUCGCGCCCCUUCCGUCGCGCCGCAGACGCACGCAGGUGCGUGAGGCCGCGCCCGCCGGGGACCUUGCAGACUUGGGCCAGCCAUGGAGCACAUCCGCACGCCCAAGGUUGAAAAUGUCCGCUUGGUAGAUCGAGUGUCUCCUAAAAAAGCAGCUCUAGGUACUUUGUAUUUGACGGCUACUCACGUCAUAUUCGUCGAAAAUUCACCUGACACAAGAAAAGAAACAUGGAUUCUUCACAGUCAGAUUUCCACCAUUGAGAAACAGGCAACAACUGCUACUGGAUGCCCUCUGCUGAUUCGCUGCAAGAACUUUCAGAUAAUACAGCUCAUCAUACCUCAGGAAAGAGAUUGCCAUGACGUGUACGUCUCCCUGAUACGCCUUGCAAGGCCAGUGAAAUACGAGGAGUUAUACUGCUUUUCAUUUAACCCCAUGCUGGAUAAAGAAGAAAGAGAGCAAGGCUGGGUGCUGAUCAAUCUCAGUGAAGAAUACAAGCGGAUGGGCCUCCCUAAUAAUUACUGGCAGCUCAGUGAUGUGAAUAGAGAGUACAGAGUUUGUGACUCUUAUCCUACUGAACUGUACGUUCCCAAAUCGGCCACGGCACACAUCAUAGUGGGGAGUUCCAAAUUCCGGAGUAGACGGCGAUUUCCUGUCCUUUCUUACUACUAUAAAGAUAACCACGCUUCCAUCUGCCGGAGCAGCCAGCCCCUGUCUGGCUUCAGUGCCCGGUGCCUAGAGGACGAGCAGAUGCUCCAGGCCAUUAGGAAAGCCAAUCCAGGAAGUGACUUCGUUUAUGUUGUUGACACCCGGCCUAAACUUAAUGCAAUGGCAAAUCGUGCUGCAGGGAAAGGCUAUGAGAAUGAAGACAAUUAUUCCAAUAUCAAGUUUCAGUUUAUCGGGAUAGAGAACAUCCAUGUCAUGAGGAACAGUCUGCAGAAAAUGCUGGAAGUGUGUGAACUUAAAUCUCCCUCCAUGAGUGACUUCCUGUGGGGUCUGGAGAACUCUGGCUGGCUAAGGCACAUUAAGGCCAUAAUGGAUGCAGGAAUCUUCAUUGCAAAGGCAGUUUCAGAGGAAGGGGCAAGUGUGCUUGUUCACUGUUCCGACGGCUGGGACAGGACUGCGCAGGUGUGCUCGGUGGCGAGUCUGCUGCUGGACCCACACUACCGGACUCUUAAGGGCUUCAUGGUAUUAAUUGAAAAGGACUGGAUUUCCUUUGGUCAUAAGUUUAAUCACAGAUACGGCAAUCUAGAUGGUGAUCCAAAAGAAAUCUCUCCCGUUAUUGACCAGUUCAUUGAGUGUGUUUGGCAGUUAAUGGAACAAUUUCCCUGUGCCUUUGAGUUCAAUGAGAGGUUUUUGAUUCACAUUCAACAUCACAUUUAUUCCUGCCAGUUUGGAAACUUCCUAUGUAACAGCCAAAAGGAGAGACGAGAACUCAAGAUUCAAGAAAGAACAUACUCAUUAUGGGCUCACCUGUGGAAGAAUCGGGCCGACUACCUGAAUCCUCUGUUUAGAGCUGAUCACAGCCAGACCCAGGGAACCCUUCAUCUCCCUACAACACCAUGCAACUUCAUGUACAAGUUUUGGAGUGGAAUGUAUAACCGCUUUGAAAAAGGGAUGCAGCCUCGACAAUCAGUUACAGAUUACUUGAUGGCAGUGAAGGAGGAAACUCAGCAGCUAGAGGAAGAACUAGAGGCCUUGGAAGAGAGGCUGGAAAAAAUUCAAAAGGUCCAGUUAAAUUGCACUAAGGUGAAGAGUAAGCAAAGUGAACCCAGCAGGCACUCAGGGUUUUCUACCUCAGACAACAGCAUAGCCAACACUCCCCAGGAUUACAGUGGGAAUAUGAAAUCAUUUCCAUCCCGGAGCCCUUCGCAAGGCGAUGAAGAUUCUGCUCUGAUUCUAACCCAAGACAAUUUGAAAAGCUCAGAUCCAGAUCUGUCAGCCAACAGUGACCAAGAGUCUGGUGUGGAGGAUCUGAGCUGUCGGUCUCCGAGUGGUGGUGAGCAUGCACCAAGUGAAGAUAGUGGCAAGGACCGGGAUUCUGAUGAAGCUGUGUUUCUCACUGCCUGAAGCUUCCCUUUGGAGUUCCAAAGUAAAGGACACACAAGCAACACUUACAAAAAUAAGGGAACACACGCAGUUUAUCAUAAAAACAAGAAAUAGUACAUGUCAUUGAGAACUAAUUUAAUGCAGCUAUGAAAAGGGAAACAAGUGCCCAGCUCUUGAUUUCUUAGAUACUGAAGAGGAUGUAGUCAUUUCGUUUAUCAAAUAUAAGGAAAAUUAUAAACCAUUUUGAAGCUCAUCCUAACUAUGAAAAUUAUAUUCACUACAGAGCAAUUACUUGUUAUUACCUAAAGUUAUCAAUUUAUAUCUUCCUUGACAUAGCAUGCAUCUCUUAAAAAGCCUCAACUCCUUUCCCUCAUAUCUGUGAUCAUCAUGAAUCUUUUAGUUCACUUCCAGAUGCAUAUUUUGUGUUUUCAAAAGCAUCUGACAUUAUCUUCCUUUCUGACCCUCUUAAUCCAUAUUUCUAAAAACAGGCACAUUGUUGAGAUGCAUCCUUUUUGGUUAAUAGAUAAACUCCUAAGGAGCUUUUAAUUGCUUAUCAGUAAUAAUCCUCACUUUAACUUUUCCUUAGAUAAUAUAUUUUGAAUUGUUAGAAUAAUUUUGUUGCCUUUCUCUGAGAUCUAUAGUCUGUUUCUCAUUAUUUAAAAAUGCUAAAAUUUAUAUCACACUUUUUCUCUAACAGUGAUUUAAUACCUAACAAGGUAGAAGCAACAUUCAUUCUCCUGGUCUUAUAUAUGAAUUUUAGUUUUCUUGUAAUAACAACCUUUUACUACUAUUCUAGAGAUGACAGUGUGAGCCAACCACCAGCCUGAUCUCAAAGUAUAACAUUAUAAAGUUAGUAGGGUUAAAACAUCUGUGAGGGAAAAAUCGAGUUAAGAACCAGAGAAUUUGGUUGUCAAGUCUGCUUAAUGAAGGGAAUAGGUUUUGUAAUCUAUCAUUUUAGAAAUUACAUAACUGGCUAAUAUGGUUUACUUAAUAUUAGUAACAUCUCAUGAACACUGACUGCUGAAAGUUCGAGUUUUUGUUUUGUUAAAAACUUUUGAGGGAGAGUCACUCCUGUCUUAGGAGUAAAAAAAGACUUCACUAAGUAACCUAAAUGAAACUUAAUGGAGAAAAGUUGCCAUAUAAAUGAUACUCACACUGUAUGGUUUUAAUAUAUUAGUACAUUCUAGAAUGUAAAAGGAUUAAUUUAAACUUAAUAAUUUAUAUCAAUAUUUUGAAUAUGUAAUUUUUAUGGGAGAAUGUAUUACAUUUUGCUGAAAUUAGAACAAAGUCAAGAGAAAGGGCAAGAAAGCAACACUGCUGAUCUCUCUAGUAUCAAAGAUUGGAGGGAGUGUGGCAAUAUAUAUAAAUGAAAAAAUGUAAUUGUGUUCAUCAUAUUUAAAAAUAGAAUAUAUUAGAGAACUGUGAUAUAAAAGUACUGUUAAUGUAAAAAAUAAAGCAAGUGUAAUUCUUUUACAAUAUAUAAUUUGAGCAUUCUCUGCUAAGCAGUUCCCAAAUUAAGUACAAGGAAUGUUUAUUCAUUUUCUGCAAUAUGCUGUAUGUAAUAGGGAAUACCUUGCUAAAAUGAUAAAUACUUAGGAUAUAGUGGUGAUGGCUUUCACCUUUUUAUAAUAGAACUCACUUCACACCAUUCUUGUAGCUGUCCAUUCUUAGAAACUUUGUUGCCUAAUAUUGAGGAUGUGGCUUUAAUUUCUUCCAUUUGGCAGUGUAUAUCUAUAAAAACAAUAAAAUUUUUUUUAAAAAAUGACAAAA